UUCCAAUCCCCUCCAUAUCAUGUGAUUCAGGUGUUCCAAUCCCCUCCCAAUCAUGUGAUUCAGGUGCUCCAAUCCCCUCCAUGCACACAGGUGUAUACAAUCAAGCCCCUAGGCAUGCAGACGGCUUCUACAAACAUUGGUGAAAGAAUGGGUCGCUCUCAGGAGCUCAGUGACUCCAAGCGUGGUCCCGUGAUAGGUGGCCACCUGUGCAAUAAGUCCAUCCGUGACAUUUCCUGGCUACUAAAUAUUCCACGCUCAACUGUUAGUGGGAUUGUAACAAAGUGGAAGCCACUGGGAACAACAGCCACUCAGCCA